CUAUCGUGCUCUGCAUAUGUCGGUGAUGCCAACGUAUUCGUUUAAAAUGGCAAUGCAUAAAAUGCUUAAAAUGAAAAUGCAUAACGUACUGCUAGUAGGUGGUAUUUCUCGUAUCAACACAUUUUCUUCGGUCUGUACAGUUUUGUUCAAAACACAGAACAGACUACUGACAAGAAAAGGUGCAAACGUGAAUAUAAACAAAUGGUAUUCAGAUGCUUCCUCCAUCGCUUUAAACAGAAAUGUUUUGAUUGAAAGUAUUCACCCAAGUGUCGAUGAGAGAUGUUUAAGGGUGAAUUGGAGUGAUGGUUCUUUCUCAAGAUAUCCAUAUGCAUUUUUACGUAAUAACUGCAAAUGUCCUCAAUGUUACGAUCCAGCCUCAAAUCAAGUACUUUUCAAUACAAUCAAAGAUUUGACUUUGGAUACCAAAGCAAAAGCACUUACAAUUUCUGCUGAUGGAAAAUUUGUGAAUUGUACGUGGCAAGAUGAUCAUCACAGUACAUAUUCUCUAGAAUGGCUUUAUAAAAUGAGAAUGCCAGAACAAAAAAAAGAACGUAAUAAGGACAGUAUAGUUAAAGAUGAGCUAUUUUUGUGGAACAGAAAACUGAUGCAAGAACAAAUACUUCGCUAUGAUUAUCAUACAUUGAUGAAUGAAGAUCAAAUGUUAUUUGAUUUUUUGUACAACUUUUACCAACAAGGAAUAAUUUUGAUGGAAAAUGCUCCAUCAAGACCAGACGUCGUCAUGGAGAUCGCUCAACGCUUUGGAUACCAUAAAACUACUUAUUAUGGGAACUUUUUUGAUGUUAAAGCUGUCGACAAUCCUUCUAACGUGGCUUUUACAGAUCGAGGGUUACCUCUACACAGUGAUCUACCAACGUUGGUUAAGUCUCCAAAUAUCCAGUUACUGCAUUGCAUCGAACAUAAUUCUAAUGGAGGAACCAAUUUUUUUGUCGAUGGGUUUAAUGCUUGUAGAAAUGUUUAUUACCAAGAUAAUAAAGCAUUUGACGUUUUAAAACGCUUUUUCGUGCCAUUUUAUGAAUACGGAUCAGACGCCUGUGGGGAUUUUAAAGUUGGAAGUUUUCACAACAUAAUUAGCUUAAACAGACACGGUCGCAUCUCAAGUUUUAAGUUCAGCGCACAAAUGGAGUCAGAAUCUAAAGGUGAUUGUACUCCAGACGAACUGCUUGAGUAUUACGAUGCUCUAUAUGUGCUUGCAUCUCAUUUGAAAGAUCCCAAGAACAUUAUUGAUCAUCGUUUGAAGCCUGGUCAAAUCGCUAUGUUUCACAAUGAUCGACUUUUACAUGGGCGAGAAAAGGUUGUUUCUGUGAAAGGGAAGUCCCCAUCAAGAUGGUUGCAAGGUAUAUAUUUUGACUGGGACGGUAUUUUUUCGAAACUUAGAGUUCUAAAAGAACAGCUUGGUCUUGUUGGUCCAUAUUUACCGGAGCAAAGCGACGACUUUUUUUAAUUGCUUGUAUUAACGAUCGUGUAUUUAAACUCCAUUAUGCUGCAUAUGGCCUCAGAAAUCAGAAUGCAGGCAGUGCAGUUAUUUCAUUUAAGAAAUAAAAGAUGUUUACUGUGUUUGCCAAGGCUUAUGCAAACCGAGGAGAACUUUGGGAGAACUUGAGAAAUUCAAAUCGCGAAAAAGGCAAAUUCAAAACAAACGUUUUAAUUUUUCCUCUAGAAUGUAUUCAUGAUCUACUUUCAAAUUCUCUUUGAA